GCCUGGCAGUCUCAAGAUAUGGCCCCUCCCAGCAAUGGCGGUGGCAUUAGCAUUCCCACGCACGACACUGUCAUGGGUAACAGCUCCGCUGGUGGCGAUGACCAAGCAUGGGCAAAUGGCGGAGGACGUUCUCCAUCACGCGGGAAUGGCGAACCUCCCAGGCGUUCGAGCAGGAGUAGGAGCCCUGGUCCUAGGGGCGAUGACAGAGGUGGUCGCGGUGACGGCGGUCAAAACCCUGGAAACAACUUGCAUGUCUCCGGUCUGAGCCACAAGGUAGACACUCGCGAGCUCGAGCAAGCGUUUACCAAAGUCGGCCGGGUUAAAAAGGCUCAGGUCAUGUAUGAUCCUCAUACGCGUGAGUCUCGCGGAUUUGGGUUUGUGACGAUGGAGAGCGUGGAGGAGGCAGAUGCUGCAGUUACUGCCCUUAAUGCUACUGACCUUAUGGGCAAGACUAUGACAGUCGAAAGAGCUCGCCGUGCACGUGCCAGAACUCCGACUCCAGGGAGGUACUACGGACCGCCGAAGCGUCAUGAAUAUGAAAGGCCCUACGACCCUCGGCCUUACGACAGUCGUUACUCCCGCCACGACGACCGCCGCCCUCCGCGCCGGUACGAGGACGAUUAUCGUGGAGGCCCUAGCCGCGACUACGACCGGGGUAGCUACCGCGACUACGACAGAGGAGGUUACGGCGGCCGCGACUUCGACCGCCGCUACGAUGACAGGCGCUACUAA